UUCCACGUGCCAGUUUAUCUUUCGAUAUUUGUGUGGCUAUUGAAUGAAGGAAUGAAGCUAUUUCGAGUCAAAACUAACCCACGAAUUUGCUAAUUUAUAGAAGAAUUAUUAUACUCGAAAAGUAAAAACCCUAAGGAAGGUAUUAGUUAUGGUAGUGGCUGAAAGCAUGUCAAAAUCGAAAGUUAAUAUAUCAGUGGACACGGAUUCUUCCAGUGGUGGGGAAGCGACAGACUCGGAAUAUGAAGCCGAAUUAUCGGAUACAAAGGAUGAAAGUGGAGAUGACGAAGAAACUACCAAUGAAGCCGUUUUAAUUAAAAAUGAAGGUUGGGCAGAUUCUCUUGCUAAAAUUCUAGGCUCAAAUAAACCGAAGAACAAAAAGACACUAGUUUUAUCGAGAGCCAAGAAGCAUUCAGAAAUUAUUAAAAAAGUAAAGGAGGAAAAACCAUCAUUUGAAGUUGUUGGAGAAAAGCCAGAGGAUAUUAAAACUGAACUUAAAGAAGAAAAAGUGACCAGUGAGGAACCUGUAGCUAAGAAAAGGAAACAUGACAAAUCAUCAGUAAGAAUCAAACCAAAUAUAUUAGAAAAAGAUAGAGAAAGAUUAUUAACAAAAAUUGCUACCAAAGGUGUUGUGCAAUUAUUCAAUGCUGUUAGGAAUCAACAAAAAUCUUUUGAAAAAGAACUGAACAAUGAUGUAACAGAGACCAAAAAGGAAAAGAUACUAAAGAAAUUCGACAAGAGGACUUUCUUAGAUACACUUAUGGGUCAGACAAAAUCUGUUAUUGUAGAUGAAAAUACAAAAACAUUCAAAGAUGAAGUUAAAGCUGAGGACACACCAAAAUGGAAUGCAUUAAGGGACGAUUUUAUGAUGGGAGCAAAAAUGAAAGAUUGGGACAAAGAAUCGGUGGAUGAAUAAAAAAAUUAUAAUUAAUGAAA